GAAAAACAUUAUUAAGUUAAACCCACGACUUGCCAUUGUUUUUUCUUCAUCCAAACUCUUUUUUGCUUUCGAUUUCUCUAAUCUGUGUUUCUCAUCAUUUCCACUCUUUGUUUUCCAGUUUUCACAUUUUCUUGUAUUCUGUCUGUCAAUUAAGGGAAAAAAAAAACUUUCUUUUAUUUCUGAAAACCAAUCUUUCUUCAUACCUUGAUUUCCGCUUGGCAAAAGAAACAGUGCAGAGGAUAGUUCACUGAAGCUACUUCUUUCUCUGAAGCUCUAUUUACUUUCUGGUAUUCACAGACAGAAAGAGAACUAUCAACAAAAAUGGCCGAAUCUCUUGCCUCUGCUGCUGUCGAAAAUGUGACAAACCAGACAAUGGAAUGCGCAACGCCCUAUCUCCGUUACUUUUUCUGUUAUGGAGAGAUUGUUCAAGAUUUCACGAAUCAACGAAACGCACUUAAAUUGAGGAAACAGAGGGUGGACACUCGUGUCGAUGAGGCUAAAAGACAAAUUGAGGUCAUCUAUGAGGACGUUGAGGACUGGCUUAAAAGGGCUGAGAAAGAACUGGGAGAAACCCAGAACUUGCAAGAUGAAAUAGAUCGCGUCAAGUGUUUCAAAUGGUGUCCUCAAUGGGGCUGGCGAUAUUGCUUAAGUAAGAAACUGGCAGAGAAGAUUCCUAUUAUCUCUCAACUUUUAGGGACUUCUAACUUUGCACAGGUGGGCUAUCGCGGUUCUCUUCAAGGAAUAGAGUUCAUCACAUCCACGGAUUUCAUGGACUCUGAAUCUUCAAAAUCAGCUUUCAACCAGAUCAUGGAGGCUAUAAAUGCUAAGCAUGUCAACAUGAUCGGACUGCACGGAAUGCCAGGAGCUGGUAAAACAACUUUAGCCAAAGAAGUUGGGAAGCAUGUUCGAGAAAAAAAGCUCUUUAAUAAAGUUGUGAUGUUUACCGUGUCUCAAAAUCCAAACAUCAACGAAAUUCAAGAUAAAUUUGCAGAUAUUUUUGGUUUAAAGUUUCAAACGAAAACCAAAGAAGGAAGAGCAGAAGAGUUAUGGUUGAGAUUGAGAGUUGAGAAGGACAUCCUCAUAAUUGUCGACGAUCUCUGGAAAGAAUUCAAAUUGGACAGUAUCGGAAUUCCAUUCGGUGUUGAACAUGAGGGUUGUAAAAUUCUUCUGACCACACGUCAUCAACAAGUCUGCACUAAAAUGAACUGUCAGAAGAAAAUUCAACUUGGCAUCUUAUCCGAAGACGAAGCAUGGGUUUUAUUUCGAGAUCAAGCUGGUUUAGAAGGUAACAAUGUCGCCUUGAAUAAUGAAGCCAAAAAGGUUGCUGCUCAAUGUAAGGGAUUGCCUCUUGCAAUUGUAGUCGUGGCCAAAGCUUUUAAAGGUGAGGGUUUAGAUUUAAAUGGGUGGAGAGCCGUAAAUCAGAGAUUCAAGGACUCAAGGCAUUUGGAUAAUGAAGUUUUCGGAGAUGUCCUCCAGCCUCUUAAGCUUAGCUAUGAUUAUUUGAAGAAAGGUAAUAACCAAAUGACGGACAAUGACAUCCAAAUGUGUUUCUUACUGUGUUCCCUUUUUCCUGAAGAUACUGAAAUCCCUAUUGAGGAGUUGAUUAUGUGCGGAAUUGGAGUAGGAUUGUUCCCUAAUGCUAACUCGAUUGAAGAUAAAAGGAAUGAAAUUAGUAUGGCACUAAAAAAACUCCAAAAAUCUGGCUUGUUAUUGGAAACUGAUGGUGCAGAAAGGAUAAGAAUGCAUGAUGUGGUUCGAGAUUUUGCUCAUUGGCUAACAUCAACCGGAGAAAAUAGGUUCAUGGUAAAAGAUAAGUUGAAAGAAUGGCCUGAUAUGGUUGAAAAUUUUGAAUGUUAUACUGCAAUCGCUUUAUGGAAUUGUAGUAGUAACAUAAAUUUUCCUGACAAAGUGGAAUUUUCAAAGCUCAAGACUUUGUUUCUUAAGGGGGAGUGGAGCUGGAGGCGGGAUGUUUUGCUGGUGGUUUCCAGUACAUUUUUUGAAGAAAUGAAAGCUCUCCAAGUUUUAUUUCUCCAACAUGUCAGUUUCUCAGCAGAAAGAUUCCCUUCCUUACCGAAUCUCAAAACUUUGUGUUGUGUUGGUUGCGAGCUAAAAAACUUCUCAUCAUCACUGACAAAUCUUGAGAUUCUUGCAUUGUUAAAAACUAAGAUUUAUGGGAUAAGUGAAGAAUUAGUGAAAUUAUUUACACUGAAGUAUUUCCGUCUUUCUGAAGUUCAAUUUUAUGAGAAAUCAGAAAUCAGAAUCCACCAAUUUUAUGAGGAAUCACAAAUGAGAAUCCAGCCAAGCUUGGUAUCAAGGAUGACUUCAUUGCAAGAGUUACAUGUGCAAAGCAAAAACACUAUCAACUUAUUGGAGUUGAAUUCAUUGUCUUGUUUAACUGCGCUAUCAUUAGAACUUUCUACUGAUCAAUUUUUUCAUGAAGAUUUUGUGUUCCCUAAACUACAAAUGUACACUAUAGUCUGAGAGUUUUACCUAUGAUUUGGCGUUUAGGACAUUGAAAAUUCAUAACUUCUCAUCCUCAUUGAGUGCAUUUAGCAAUAUAUUUUACAAUGUGGAAAAGUUGAAGUUAAAGAAUGUUAGUGGACAAAAGAACAUCGUGCCAAGCAUAGGUGAAAUGGGAGUAAAUGAGUUGACUUCUUUGAAGCUUGAAUCUUGCAAUGAUAUGGAAUUCUUGACUGUUAUAACAAGGGAUCAGGGGCCAAGUGUUGCAUUCUCUAAUUUGGUGGAAUUAGAUAUACAAAGCAUGGUUUCAUUGAAAGGGUUGUGCUACGGUCUUUCUCCGACUAGGUUCUUGCAAAACCUUAAGCAAGUGAUCAUCAAAUAUUGUCAGCAGUUACAAGUGAUUUUUCAAAUCGAUGAACUUUCUAAAAAGGUGCGAUGUCAGAUACCACUUCUCUCAAAUUUAACAAUAUUAAAUCUAGAUUCAUUGCCGAACUUGAAGAGCAUAUGGAAAUUAGAGCCAUCACAUCAAGAAAUUGUAAACCUCACGAGACUAAAGGUUGUAACAAUUUCGAAUUGCAAUAAACUAGAAACAAUCUUCUCAGCUUGCCUAACUCAAAGUAUGUUGCAUCUACAAGAACUCACCAUAAGACACUGCAAUAGACUAGAGCAAGUCAUUGGAUUUGUCCAAGAAGAAGAGAUUAUUGAGAAUGAGUGUCCUCUUUGUUGCUGGCCGAAAUUGGAAAUUCUUCAAAUAGAAUUUUGCCAAAGUUUGAAAUAUGUUAGUGUAUACACUUUGACUCUAGGGUGUCAAUCCUUGAAAUCUGUUUCCAUACUAUAUUGUCCUAAACUUAUACAAGUCUUCAAUACGGAACAAAAUAAGUAUGGACAAGAUAUUCUUCUUCCCAGACUUGGAUCACAGGUACUUCUGUGUUUAAUUUUUUUAAAAAUUUGAAGAAAAUUGAAAUUUGAUUUGAAUUGUAGUGUUCAAUUCAAUUUUUUAUUGAAUUUAAAUUAAUUUUUAUUUAAAUCAAUUGUAUCAUAUUAUGAAUUUAUUUUAGUGGUUGGUUUUGACUAAUAAAUAUUAUUUAAUGACUGGAAUUUUUUGUAAAUUUAAUUUAUUUAAAGUUAACUGCAACUCCAUUGUUGAAUUUCAAGUAUCUCUUUUCGGAAUUUACUGCUCGGACUUUGGUGCAUUUGAAAUUUCUCAAGAUUAAGUAUUGCUCCUCUUUGGAACAUAUAAUUGAAGAAGUGGAAAAGGUGGAUGAAAGAUAUGUUUCAAACAUGAAAAAUCAUUAUCCUCUGUUCUGGCCAAAAUUGGAAAGUUUCGUGAUAAAAAGUUGUGAAAACUUGAAAUAUUUGUGUUCAAGUACAUUGGCUCAAAGGCUUCCCAACCUGAAUUAUAUCAAUAUAGAAGAUUGUCCUCGACUUACACAAGUCUUCAACAUGGAAACAAAUAAGGAUGAAUUUGAAUUACAGAAUCAUUGCUGGCCAAAAUUGGAAAUUCUUCAGAUAGUGAACUGCCAAAUAUUGAAGUAUGUGUUACCAAACACUCUACUUAAUGUGCCUUCUCUGCAAUAUUUAAUAGUGUCAAAUUGUCCCCAAUUCUCAUGCUUCAUUGUACAAGCUCAGCUCAUAGAGAUAUUGGCUUUUGGUGACGUGGGAAAUAGCCACCAAUUAUGCAACAUUGAUGUCCCUAUAUUGAAUGAAGAUUGUAUAGUAGUUGGGAAUCAUGAAGAAGUAUUUCAAGUUCAAGGUGGGUACUCAUUCUCAAGCAUAAAAGAAUUAUACUUGACCAAUUUAUUGGAAGUGCGGAUUAUAUGGAACGAUUUUGCUCAAGUUGUAACCCUUGAUAACCUUACAACUCUAUGGCUAAGUGAUUGCAAGAAGUUAAGAUAUAUAUUUUCACCUGCGGCGGCUCGCAGUUUAUCACAUUUGAUGGAUCUUUGCAUCAAGGGGUGUGACGAAUUAGAACACAUCAUUUUAGCCAAGGAUCAAGUUUCUUCAUCAUCAUCAAAUGCUGAUAUUGGCCUUCAACCUCUAAGCUUUCCAAAUUUGACUAAUAUCAUAGUUAAAAAUUGUGGAAAUUUAAAAAGUCUCUUUCCUUUUGGAUCUGUUCCUGUUCUUCCAAAACUUAAAAGUCUCAUAGUUAAAAGGAACUCUAAAUUGGAACAAGUAUUCGAAUUAGAAGAUGAGGUGGAAGUGGCAGCUAAAGAGGAGAUGAAAUUUGAUGAAUUAGAAGGGUUAACACUUGAAAGACCACCAGGCCUUAUUCACUUCUAUCCCAAACAAUAUCACGUUGUAUUGUCAGCAUUGGUAAAGUUAGAAGUAAAAGAUUGCCCGAAGUUGACUACUAGUUUCUUCAUUGAUUCAGAGAAAUUUGUGCAUUGCAUAACAAAGACACCCCAAUUGAUUGAGCAAGAUGCGAUUGAAGAGACUGUCACUAAUGCAAUUUUCAACAAGAAUAUAAAUUGGAGUCGGCAGUGAGGUGGGAGUCAACUACCACGCAUUACAUGAAAGGAUGGAUUAUUUUAGAACAGCUUUUAAAGCCAUGUUACAUAAACCAGUUUUCUUUAUAUAUUAAGAGGAUCGUAUAUACCCAUAUCCAAAUGGACAUGAAUGAAAAAUGGAAAAUGAAGAUUCGAAGAAUCAUAAGUUCAAAUAUAUGAACUAAAUGCAGGUGUGUUGAUAAUUGUGCUUCUAAUUGGUAUAAAAGCUUGCUUUAAUGGAGUUGUGAAGCAAAAGGAUAUAUCGUCUCUUACUUCCAACUAAUAACUUAGUUAAUUAUAGUUAUGUUUCACCUUUAAUUUACACUCUAGUAAACCAUUGUAGUGUUUGGAAUGAUGCAUUUUAACAAGUAUUCUUAACUUAUUAUUACGCUUCUAUUUUUAAUGGUUUUACAUAUAUAA